AUGGGCUUCACCAUGUGGCUGGUCGGGUGCGCGAUCCUCAUGCUGGGCCAGAGGGACCUCCAGCUGCCCAUGGAGAUCAAGGCCGCGUCCCGUGCUGCGAUCACCGAGGCCGUGGGCGAGACACUCCCCUCGAUCCUGGGCUCGCACCUCGGGGCUGCUGUGGAAGCGGCUACCAAACCCGUGCUUGGCCGCAGCCAGGAGUCCUUUGAUAAGCACUUUGCUGAGAUGGUUCCGAAGUUUCAGUCAGUCAAUGGGAAGAUCUCGACCCACGGGAUCACGAUUCACGACCUGGUGAAGCGACUCGGGCACCUCGAGAAGCA